AAACAUUAGGAGAGUAUUUGGAUCUUCAUUUGUUGGGUUUUGGAAUUUGAAUAGUGUUAAAAUUUGCCAGAAUUUGUCUGCUUACUAGACAUUUUUUGUUAAAAAAAAAAUACAGACACAUAUAUGCAUUCAUUAGAUAUACAAAACAUAUACAAAAAAUCUUAAAAUCAUCAGAAUUUACUUUUUGUAAUAUACAUAAUUAAGUUCUUUCUUUUUUUCUCCACUCCAAGAUUUCUCUCACUUCCAAGCAGAGAUUGCGCAGUCUGGAAAGCCCGCCCGCUGAUUCAGGCAUCUGGUUUUGUUGUCUUUAGCCUACUUAAAGUGAAAGUAGGACAAACUUUCUCCAACUCUUCACUCUUCAGUCACAGCAAGUAAAUGUGUGGGCAUCUUAUAAAAAUAAGCAACGACAGGUAUUGAACUCCAGGGAAACACACAGACAGUGAGGCCUCGUAGAACAAUGGGUCUUUUUAACAAUAUCAAGUUUUUUGUACUGUGUCAUGGAAUGCUCCAAUUGGCUCAGCUCAUGGUGUCUGGCUAUCUGAAGGGAUCCAUAACCACCAUCGAGAAAAGAUAUGGAUUUUCAAGUCAGAAAUCAGGACUUCUGGCUGCUUUCAAUGAGGUCGGGAACACGGUUCUUAUCGUGUUUGUGAGUUUCUUUGGGAGCAGGGUUCAUCGGCCGAGAUGUAUAGGAAUUGGAGCCUUGUUUGCAAGUCUGGGAGUGUUUCUGAUAGCUCUGCCCCACUUCAUUGGUGGAGAUUAUGAUUAUACAGGUUCUGGAAGCAAUGGCAAAAACAACAGCUCACUAUGCCUGUCAGAGAAAGAAGUGUCCAAUCAGACAUGCGAUCAAGAAAAUGGUGACGAGCGCCUAGGAGUGUAUCCAAUCUUUCUACUGGGCCAGUUACUGUUGGGUAUUGGCGGAGUCCCCAUCCAACCGUUUGGGAUUUCCUACAUAGAUGAUUAUUCCAAAAAGAGGAAUUCUCCAUUUUACCUAGGAAUACUGUUCGCUGUGACUGUCAUAGGGCCAGCCUUCGGCUACAUCAUGGCGUCAUUCAUGCUUCGUUUCUUUGUUGACAUUCGCAAGAUGAAUGAAAUCAUCUUUAAUAAUAAAGAUGCCAAAUGGGUGGGAGCCUGGUGGCUGGGAUUCCUGGUGGCCGGGACGAUACUUUUCCUAACAUCUUUGCCAUACAUGUUUUUCCCAAGGAAGAUGACCAAGGAGGAAAACAUAGAGGUCUCUGCAGAACCAUCAUCUGAGAAAAUUAUAGAGGACAAGAUACCCAAAACUGAUGCAAUGAAAGACCUGUCGCUCACCGAGUUCCUAAAAAGCUUCCCCAACAUUUUAAUGAGAACUUUACGGAACCCAAUUUACCUGUUGGUCGUGCUGGCUCAGGUGAACCUGGCUGCCAUGGUAGCGGGACUGGCCACUUUUAUGCCCAAAUUCAUACAGAAGCAGUUCACACAGACGGCCUCCAAUUCUGCAAUGAUGAUAGGUGGUUUGAAUAUUCCCUCAGCCAUGUUAGGCAUUAUGAUUGGAGGAGUUAUCCUGCGCAGACUGAGUCUUUCCGUCAAAUCCUCAGCUUUGAUGAGCACGACAGUGGUUCUUAUCAGUAUUUUCUUUGCCAUUCCUCUUCUCUUCCUUGGCUGCCCCACACAGAGAAUUUUUGACAUCAACCAUAUUGGGGUAAAACCCGACCAGUGCACCCUUUGUUCCUGCUCUACUGAUGUUUUCAACCCUGUGUGUAGCUCAGAUGGAGUGGAGUUUCGCUCCCCUUGCCAUGCAGGAUGCAGGGUAGAAAUAAAAUCAGAAACUAAUGAAAUUAAGAACUACACAGACUGUGCAUGUGUGGCCUCGGGAACGUCUCUGAGUUAUGCCACCCCAGGACCAUGUGGAAAUGGCUGCGCCAACCGACUGAUUCCCUUCAUGAUCCUUUCAUCCCUAACAUGCUUUGUGGCUUCUCUUUCUCACACCCCAUCAUUUAUGAUGAUCCUCAGGACUGUGACCCCGCAGGAUAAGUCCUUUGCUUUGGGAAUCCAGUUCAUGCUCUUUAGAGUCCUUGCAUUCCUCCCAUCACCCGUACUGUAUGGUCAUGCCAUUGAUACCACCUGCAUUAAGUGGGGAGAAAAAUGUGAAAGGAGAACAUCGUGUAUCUACUAUGAUUUAGACCUUUUCAGACACAGGUUCCUGGGACUGCAGAUUUUCUUCAUAUGUGGUGGCUUCGUCUCUUUCCUUCUGACAUUUCUGGUGCUUCGGAAGCUUAACUCGACCCAGCAGCAGGAUGACCAAGAUAAUGACAAGAGCAAACAUGAAGACAGAGAAAUGAAAGAUGUCAAGCAGCUGUUGAGCUCUUCAAACGGACAAAAUACACAACAGAGUGUUUAGAGAGUAUAACAGCAGGAAACAGAAGGAUAGGAAUCUCCCUUUAGGGGCCGAAAGGAGAGAAGGGAUAAGAGACAGAUCUUAAGAUCUCUCAGCUCUCCUCUAUAAUCUUAACUGCAUGCAGCUCUUCACGCUUAAAGCGUAGUUGUUGCCAGGAUGUGAACAUGCUCAUUUUUGUGAACAGCUGUUUUCUGUGAAACAUGAUAUUGCAAGGAAUCACCGUUCUUCUGCCGAAGAUAUAAGACAUCACUUUAAAACAUGUUAACGUGUUUGUAUAACAAGUCUUUAUAGAUGUUGUCCGUGAGCACGGUGUGUUGGGGGGUUUAAAUGACACUUAAUACUGAUGCUGAUAAUGUGAAAACGUUUGAACUCUCGAUUGAGUUUAGACAAGGAGCCAAGUAUAUACUGUAGGGAGUUUUAUUGUUGAUGCCCUUUUUUCUCAAGUACAUAACUGUGAUGUUUCAUAAUAAAGCUGUUUUUGCUUUUUUAUUAUAAACUAAAUGCACACUUAUAGAGGCAUUCUUCUCUGGUUUCAUUGCAUUUGAAAAAUAUAUCAUCACUUUAAAUGUUUCAGAGUAAGCUACAUGUAUUCAUACUUUUAUAUUUUCAUAUGUUUGAUAUGUUCACAUGUUUGUACAGUUAACAAUUCCCAUAAUUACAUGUGAUGGACCUUAAACUU